AUGUCGAUCCGAUCGACCAAUAUAUACGAAGAAAGAUCGCUUGGGGUGCAGGUACCGGGGAAAGCGGAUGAUGAAAUCGCGUCGGAGCGCUCGUACAUUGGAACGCACUUGCAAAGACAACUCACCUCAGACGCAUGGUGGGUCUUCAUCAGCUUCUUCCUUAUCUGUAUCGUGGAGCGCGACGCACUUUCAAUCCCAUCCCCGGGCUUCGACCUGUACGCCGUCUUCUUCGACACCGUCUCCGCAUUCGGUAACGUCGGUGAGAGCACGGGGGUUCCAUAUGACACGUACUCUUUCUGUGGCGCAUGGCAUACUGUGAGUAAGCUCAUAUUGAUCAUCGUGAUGCUCAGGGGCCGCCACAGAGGAUUGCCGAUGGCGAUUGAUCGGGCCGUGCUUUUGCCAGGUCAGGAGUUGAUGGAGAGGAUGGACAAGGAGUACAACGGCACGGUGGACACGAGGGAUCGCGCUGAAGAGGAAGAACAGAUACGUAAAAUGCAAACAGGAUCCCAGGCAGAGAAGAUAGACGAGGGUCAGGACCCGGGACAAGAUCAAGAGACGAAGGAGAAGAUGCAUCAGGAUCCCGCUGAAGAGGCUGUUGCUGGAAAUGCUUGA